CCUCUGGAACGCCGGCGCCGCCUCUUGGAACGCUCGCGCCCGGGGCGGCUCCACGGCUGCCGGACUGGGCUCUCGGCGCACCGGGAGCCGCCUCGUUUGCCUUGGUGGCCGCCACCUCCCCGCGGCUUCCCGGGUCUCUCUUUGGCUCUUGACGCAGUCUGGAGCUGCAGCUGGGUUUCCUCUCUUCUCUCCUCUCCUCUCUCUCCUCUCCCAGUCUCAGGCCAAGCCCAGCCCGGCCCCGGGAGGGGAGGGGGGGGGAGGGAGAUUUGUCUUGGAGGAACCUGCCACCGGAGCUUGGGGAGGAGGAAGAGGAGGAGGAAGGAGGGGAAGCCGUAGCAGCCACCACAGCCUCCGCCACCUGCCACCUCUGCCCGCUGCUGGGGAUCUCAGCGCGCGCUCUCCGGGAGCUGCACCCCACCCCCUCCCAUAGCCCGCCCCAGGACACCCCGGGUUCAGUCACCGACUCGCGUGGGAGCCCUGGGACUGAGCAGCGGCUCUCUUCUCGCCCGCGCCGAGGGAGAAGGAGCGAGUGAGCGAACGCAGGACACGUCGUCCUACUGGGGACUGAGUGACCAUCAGCCGCGAGGUACAGGGGGAGACUCCGGAGCCAGACCCGGAGCGCCCCACCUGUCUAGACUCGGAGCCUAUACGAAUGCUCUAGGAAAGAAGAGGAGAAGGAAGGAGAAGAGGUGGCUGUGCUGCGCGACCCUUGCUAAUAUCUUCAAGUCAACAGUGUCCUUCAUGUUCUGUUCUUCUUUCUAUCAAAAUCUGCUCCCAGGUGGGAGGCAAUAACCUGGUGAAUAAAGAAUUGGCCUUGGAAUCAGGAAGACCUUGAUUUGAGAUCGAGCAUUGGUCCCUGUGUCUCAUCUUUCCCCACAAAUCCUGAAACCACUGUGUCUGUCAACAGUGAGAGAUGAGUAGACACUCUUCAUGACGUCAGAGGAAAAAUAUCCACCAGACUGCUCAUUUCAGAUGCUCCAAAUCAUCAGGCAGCCCCCGGCUUCAAGGAGAAGCAACUGACACAAAGAAGAGCUGAGGGGGGAGAGCCAGGAAGCUAGGCAGAUGGAGGAAGAAGUUCAAGCUGAGUUGAACAUGGGCAUCAGCAGGAAGACAAGAAGUGGUACAAAAUAACUGAAGACUUCCUUCCCCACCGAGCCCUGCCGUCCUCAGCCCAGUCUGAGACCAUGCCCGAAGGGACAGGACAUCCCUGAGCUUCCCACCUCUCCCCCCUCCCCUGGCUUCUGCCCACCCCCUGUUCCCACAGGUUGGACAGAGAGCCACACUUCUCUUGCCCCUUACCACGCCUUGUCCGCCUUGGGACCAUGCAGGACGUGGCCAUUUAAAUUCAGAGCUCCUCCCAGCUGCGGACCCCCCCUCCCCAGCUCUUCCCUCUUUCUAGCAGCCUCACUGGGAAUCGGCCUGGGGGUGGCGCUUCCAGAUGGCAGGUUGCAGGUGGGGGGUGCUGUGCGUGUGUGUGGCGGCCGCGUCCCUCCUGUACGCCGGUGGGCUGGUGCAGGCCGACUGCUGGCUCAUCGAAGGCGACAAGGGCUUCGUGUGGCUGGCCAUCUGUAGCCAGAACCAGCCCCCUUACGAAUCCAUCCCCCAGCAGAUCAACAACACCAUAGUGGACCUGAGGCUCAACGAGAACAAGAUCAAGAGCGUUCAGUACGCCUCCCUCAGCCGAUUUGGGAACCUGACGUACCUCAAUUUGACCAAGAAUGAAAUCACCUACAUCGAGGACGGGGCCUUCUCGGGUCAGUUCAACCUGCAGGUGCUACAGCUGGGCUACAACCGCCUGCGGAACCUCACCGAGGGCAUUCUGCGUGGCCUGAGCAAGCUGGAGUACCUCUACCUCCAGGCCAAUCUCAUCGAGACGGUCACCCCCACUGCCUUCUGGGAGUGCCCUAACAUCAUGAACAUUGACUUGUCCAUGAACCGCAUCCAGCGACUGGACAGCGGCACCUUCACGGGGCUGACCAAGCUCUCCAUCUGCGAGCUCUACAGCAACCCCUUCUACUGCUCCUGCGAGCUGCUGGGCUUCCUGAAAUGGCUGGCGGACUUCACCAACAUGACACGCACCUACGACCGGAUGCAGUGCGAGUCGCCGCCCGACUACUCCGGCUACUUCCUGCUGGGCCAAGGCCGGACCAGCUACCGGAACGCGCUGAGCAUGCUGUCCAGCCUCUGCACCGACGGCUCCUACACCGUGGGGUCCCGCUUCGUCCCCGCCCGCUACCCGCCCACGACCCCGCCCCCGGAGGGCCCCUGCGCCGAGGACGACUGCUUCUCGGGCGACGGCACCACGCCCCUGGUGGCCUUCCACACCCCCGCCACCAAGUCCGAGAUGCGGCCCAACAUCUGGGUCAAGCACCUGACCCACAACUCGGCCACGCUCGGCGUGCAGCUGCCCUCCCCCUUCAGGAAGAUGUACGUCCUGGCGCAGUUUGAAAACGGCUUCUCCUCGGACAUCACCAACCUGCACAAAGAGAGGGAGGAGAUCGAGCUGUCCAACCUCAUCACCCACACCAACUACACCUACUGCGUGGUCUCCCUGGGGCACCCGCUGCGCUACAACCACACCUGCCUCACCAUCUGCCCCACGAAGCCCCCGCCCUCGCCGGGGCCCGUGCCCAGCUCCUCCACCGCCACCCACUACAUCAUGACCAUCCUCGGCUGCCUCUUCGGCAUGGUGAUCGUUCUCGGAGCCGUCUACUACUGCCUGCGGAAGCGGAGGCAGCAGGAGGAGAAGCACAAGAAGACAGCAGGGGGCAUGAAGAAGACCAUCAUCGAGCUCAAGUAUGGGCCCGAGCUGGAGACGCCGGGCAUUGCCCAGCUGUCCCAGGGGCCCAUGCUCGGGGGCGAGGCCGUGACACGCAUUCCCUACCUUCCCUCUGCGGGAGAGGUGGAGCAGUACAAGCUCAUAGAAAGCAGCGAGACCCCCAAGACCACUAAGGGCAACUACAUGGAAGUUCGGACGGGAGAGCAGCAGGAGAGGCGAGACUGUGAGCUGGCCCUGGCGCCGGACAGUCAGAGUUCGGUGGCUGAGAUCUCCACCAUCGCCAAGGAGGUGGACAAGGUCAACCAGAUCAUCAACAACUGCAUCGAUGCCCUCAAGUCCGAGUCUACCUCCUUCCAGGGAGUCAAGUCUGGAGCGGUGUCCACGGCUGAGCCCCAGUUAGUUCUCCUGUCGGAACAGAUUCCCAGCAAGCAUGGAUUCCUGUCCCCCGUGUACAAGGACAGCUACAGCCACCCCCUGCAGAGGCACCACAGCAUGGAGGGCCCCCCCAAGCGCUCCAGCACAUCAUCCAGCGGCUCCGUCCGCAGCCCCCGCUCCUUCCGCUCCGAGGGCUCCGCCGCCCACAAGUCGGAGGCGAAGUACAUCGAGAAGACAUCGCCCACCGCCGACACCAUCCUCACUGUGACACCGGCGGCCGCCAUCCUCCGGGCCGAGGCCGAGAAGAUCCGGCAGUACGGCGAGCAUCGCCACUCGUACCCGGGCUCUCACCAGGGGGAGCAAGCGCCUCCCCACGACAGCCUGGGCGGCCGCAAGCCUUCCAUCCUGGAACCUCUGACCAGACCCCGUCCCCGGGACCUGGCCUACUCCCAGCUCUCUCCCCAGUACCACAACCUGAGUUACUCCUCCAGCCCCGAGUACACCUGCAAACCCUCUCAGAGCAUCUGGGAGCGCUUCAAACUGAACCGUAAGCGCCAUAAAGAUGAGGAGGAAUACAUGGCGGCCGGCCACGCCCUGCGCAAAAAGGUCCAGUUUGCCAAAGAUGAGGAUCUCCAUGACAUCUUAGACUACUGGAAGGGUGUGUCCGCACAGCACAAGUCCUGAGGCCUCCUCUGUCCUCCCCACACUCCUCCCUUUCCCCUUCCUCUAGCCUCCCCUCUGCCUUCUAAAACUCGUGAUGCUCAUUGGACCAAAAGGAACCGAAAUCCACAGCAGCUAUUUUUAACCCAGAGACUGUCUUUAAAAACAAAACACAUACACACAUACACACAAUUUUAAAAAAAGGAUCAUGCCCCCUCAUUUCCCCCAACACCCUGAUCCCCAACGGGUGGUAGGAGAAGGGAGGGGAGGGGUGAUUGAGACAGCAAGAACAACAAAAUAAAGAAAAUAUGAUGGAUGGUAACAUAAUAUAUCCAGAGAUGAUCUCACCUUGGGAGUAUCGCACCGAACCUGAACAUGCACACACAUGACAUACAUACACACAUACACAAGGGACUUCAGAAAACUGUGGCUCAGGGGUGGGGUGGGUGGGAAGCUUUCAUUUUCUCUUUUUUUUUAAAGAAAAAAAAAGUACUUUAAAAAAGAUAUAAAAAUAGUGAGUGCGAGGGGGAGAGGUUCACGAUCUGGCCAGUCUGCUGUUGCAUCGCAUGAUUUCUCAGUCUGUGGUUUUUUUGUGGAUUCUCUGUGUCCAGUCUGUCUCCAUUGUUCUCCUCCUCCCUCUCCCAGAGUCAACCAAAUGGGAAAAACAAAUAGGAAAGGAGGAUGGGAAGCCUGGCAUAGCAGCAGAUGUUUGGGGAGGGCCUCAAGUGAAGGGGGUAGGGAAUCUUUCAGGUGGGACUCUGAGGUCAGCUGAGAAGUAGCAUCUGUUGGCAUUUUGGGGGAGGGAGGAGGGCAUGGCCAGGGCCAAGAGCUUGUGGCUAGAAGCCAGCCCUAGCUCCUGUUUGGCCUAACCCUACCCCACAUUGUAAUCUGUAGUUGUUCUAUUGUACAGAGAAAAAAAAUUUCUAUAUUUGCAAUGUUUGCUGUAAAACAUGAAAGAGAAAAAGUACAUCUACUUAAAAAAAAAAAAAACACACAGAAAACCUA